AUUUAAUCGUUUUGGUUGACGUGUCAAUGAUAUUGAAUGAAAUCUCAGGAGAUGAAGAACAAUAAUCAUUUGUUAGUCUCAAUUAAAGAGAUUCAAUAGCAAAAACAUAAACAAAUUUGAAAUAACAAAUUACUUAUUUGCCACCUAUGUAUGCAUCAAUAUCAAUCGUCGUUCUUUUGGCUGCUAUUUUAAGUCAAUUUCAAUAUCCAAGAGCUUAAACUUUUCCUCUGUUCUUGGAGUUACCAUUUCAAAAGAAUUAAUUAUUUACUGUAUAUUAGUUUAUAAUUCUCUUUUUUAGAUCGGAAAUGCAUUUAUAAGUUUAAUGGGCAUCCUUAUUUAUUAUUUCAUUUAUUAAGCAAAUCAAUAGUUUACUAAAAAAUAAAGAUUUACUCUAAAAUAUGCUCCUUCAAAACCUUUUUCAUUUUAGAUCUUUCUCAGUGGAAUUUUAGCUCAUUUGGCAUUUUUAGCAUUUGCAUUGCUUCCAAUAGAAUAAAAGAAUUAAACCAACUUUUUAUGUAUCUUAAAAUACUAUUAAUAUUUUUAUUAUUACUCUAGAUACUGAAGAUAGAAUUUUAUUAACAUUCUCCUUUGUCAUGAAUUUCCUAUUUACUAGCUAUUAUAUGUGUUAUAAGUAGAAUUAACAAUCAUAGAAAAUUCUAGAUAAAUUAAAAAAAUAUUCAUUAAGUCAAUAAAUAAAGGCUGCUUUAUUUACUGUGAUUUCCUUUUUAUUUACUGCUUGUAAAUCUAUUAUAAUAUUUUUAGUUGUAUCUGUUAACUUUAUUAGUUUAUUUAUGGGUAUGCCUAUGGCUUAAGGAGAACCUAAUAUUAAUGAUGGUUUAAGUGCAUCUGAAGAUUUUAUAGCAAAUAUGGUUAGUGAAAUUUAUUCAACUUUGUCUUAUAGUCUAUAUUUAAUGAAUUCAUUUUUUAUUGGAAUGUUUUAUACUGAUAUUAAAAAGGUAAAUUGUAUAUAAAUAAAUAAAUCUAGAUCAAUUUGAUAAUGACAAUUGAUUAAGAAAUAAUAUUUGGAAGAAAUGAGAAAUCGAUAUGA